AGUAUGACAGUUCCUUUAAAAAAGAUAUCAAAACAACCUUUUGUUUAUCAAUGCAAUUCCAACCAAAUAUUCAAUUGAGUUAACGACAAUUGAAAUGGAACAAAGUGUGGAUUCGGCCAAUGAUAAAUAUACUGUUGAUGGUGAUCUGUAUCUAAUAAAAACGAUAAGUCGUUAUCCAAUACUAUGGGACCGAAAGAACUUCGAUUCAGACCAGAGAAAUGAAGUUUGGCAAAAUUUGUCUAAAAAACUGGAUUUAAAACUUGAAUGGAUGAAGAAGCGUUGGUCAUAUUUACGAGAGCAAUACGUACGGCAUUUGAAACAAGUGAACAAUUUGGAAUCCGACAAACCUCUGAAGAAAAACUAUAAAUAUUUCACGGAAAUGUCCUUCCUGGCAAAUCAUAUCCAAAUCCGUAACGGCAAUUAUCAAGACGUCAUUUCUCACAUUACAAACGGCGAAAAGAUUGACAGUAUUGAAUUUACUGACCAAAUCGAAGACAAUGAUGAGGAAGCAGACAAAGACCAUGGCGUUGAGGGUGAAUGUAUUGAUUUUGUUAUAACCGAAAAUGAACUCGAAGCGUACAAUGACGACGACGACGAAAAUAUGUUUAUUGAGCUGUCUGACGAAGACGUUGAAACCAUCUUACAACCAACCGAUGAUGUUCCAUCAGUAAAAACGUCGGCAGGAUUAGUAACGCAAACACCUGUGUCCAACAGCAGACCCAUAUCGAACAAUCCAACGAAACAAACAAAAACUGCAACUGUGACUUAUGAAGAUUCUCUUGAGCUACAAAGUGAACAACGGUUGCCGUUAAACGGUGCUGAAAAUGAAAGUUACCAAAAAAUUACCAAAACAACCGAAUCUAGAUGCGAGGAUGUAAUUUUCGGUGAAUUAGUGACUUCGAUGCUGAAGAAAAUGGAUUCACCGUCCCGGAAACGAGCGAAAAAAGAAAUUUUAAAUAUUUUGUUAAGUUGAAAAAAAAAAUGAAACUUGAAAGUAACAUGACUAAUGGCAACGCACCAGUAGAUUUCAGAUAUCACAGUCGGACUUUGGACAGUAAUACAUUUGACUUACAUUUAGAAAAGCAAGUUCAUAAAACUAAGAUACUUUCCAUGUCAUUGUCAAGUGCAGUGCAAGUGCUGAUGCGCUGCUAAUAGUCAUUGACUUUAUAAGGCGACAAUGAAGUAAGCAAAGUGAUAAAGCUGGUUAAAUUUACUUAAUUUGUUAGGAAAAUGUAAAAAUCUUGCGCUGCUUUUACAUGUGUCAAUAUCAAUACA